GCAUCUCACUUUUGGCCUAUUUUCUGCUGGAUCUUUGGCAGCCUCGCUUCCUCCCUGACGUCUCAGCAUCAUCCCCAGAGGAGCCACACUCCGACAGAUUCACCUGCAGGAGCUGCUGCAGUACAAGAAGCAGAAUCCAGCUCAGUUCUGUGCUCGAGUCUGCUCCGGCUGUGCUGUGUUGGCUGUGCUGGGGCACUAUGUUCCAGGGAUUAUGAUUUCCUACAUUGUCUUGUUGAGUAUCCUGCUGUGGCCCCUGGUGGUUUAUCAUGAGCUGAUCCAGAGGAUGUACACUCGCCUCGAGCCCCUGCUCAUGCAGUUGGACUACAGCAUGAAGGCAGAAGCUGAUGCCCUGCAUCACAAACACGACAAGAGGAAGCGGCAGGGGAAGAAUGCACCCCCCGGAGAUGAUGAGCCACUGGCAGAGACAGAGAGCGAAAGCGAGGCAGAACUGGCUGGCUUCUCCCCAGUGGUGGAUGUGAAGAAAACAGCACUGGCUUUGGCCAUUACAGACUCAGAGCUGUCAGAUGAGGAGGCGUCUAUCUUGGAGAGUGGUGGCUUCUCUGUAUCCCGGGCCACAACUCCACAACUAACUGAUGUCUCAGAGGAUUUGGACCAGCAGAGCCUGCCAAGUGAGCCAGAGGAGGCCCUGAGCCGGGAGCUGGGAGAGGGAGAGGAGUCAGAGUUGGCCCCUCCCGAAGACCUGCUGGGCUCCCCUCAGGCGCUUUCAAGGCAGGACCUGGACUUGGAGGAGGAGGAAGUUGUGGCAGCCAAGGAGACAUUGCUUCGGCUCUCAUCUCCACUUCACUUUGUGAACACGCACUUCAAUGGGGCAGGCUCUCCCACAGAUGAAGUGAAGCUCUCCCCUGGAGCACCAGUGGAGACGCUGAGCCCAGAGGCAAUGAGUGGUGAUCCCACCACUCCCUCCAGCACCCUGUCACCCCUACUUUGCCUUGCUGAAAGUGACCUGGUUCCCUCCCCUUCAGUGCUCCCACCUCUUUCCCAGAACUCACCCCAGCCCCUGCCUGCCCCUAAGGAAGAAGAGGCACUCACCACUGAGGACUUUGAAUUGCUGGAUCAGGGGGAGCUGGAGCAGCUGAAUGCAGAGCUGGAGUUGGGGCCGGAGAUAUCCCCAGAGCCCCCUGAUGCUCCACCCCCAGGGUCCAACACCCUUUCUCUGAUACAGUCAGACCAAGAGGCUCAGGCCGUGGCUGAGCCAUGAGCGGUGGAAGGAAUUGCAGGCACAGUAGGGUUUCCUGGCUAAGGAUGUCAGU